AUGCCCGCCGGCACUCCAAACGGUCGCUCCAACCGGGCUGCCGCCGCCGCCAAACCCGUCAACUCUCUCGUCCUCACACUGAAACUGUCGCCCGACCUGUUACAACGCUUCUUAGACCCGGCCGACCGGAAACCCGCCACACCCAUCCCCACCGACGACAAGAUCAUCGAACAAGAACACUCUUCCCCAGCUUCAUCCUCCGAAGUCCCUGUACCUCGUCCAUCAUCUGCCGACAAUGCUUCCGAAGCGGACGCGACCUCAACACCAGCCACCGGCGCAACUCCAGGCGACACACCACGCCGGAAGGGCGUUCCGGGUCCGAAACCCGGCAACAAACGCGCAAAUGGCCAAACAGAGCCCGCGAAAGCAAGAGGUCGACCAGGUCCUAAGAAGAAGCCCAGACUUGACGAAGGACCAAAAGCCAACACCGGCGCCAUAAACGCGGGUCUCCGCGCCUUAGACCGCACCGGAUCUCCCUGUCGCAAAUGGGAAAAACAACCACUCCGCCUGAGAUCUUUCACCGGUAUCCUCUGGCAACUCCCAUCAUGGAAAACGCAUGCCCUGGCGAAAUUAGAAAAUGCCGAUGGCAGUACAGUGACGACAACAGCCCUUGAAAGUGGUGAUAGCGAUACAAAGCCCACCUUGACGGCGCCUGGCACCGAUACAAUGAAUGGUAGCAGUGCUGUCCCUAGCGAGAAGAGUAACUCAGGUGAUGGUGAUGUCACUCCGGCUCCGUCUAAUUUGGUUGAGCCUUCUUCGCCGGCGAUUGCGAUGGCUGCUUGA